GAUUAAUGGCUACUAAACCUGGCAUCCUUACAGAAUGGCCUUGGGCAUCCCUUGGCAACUUUAAGUACUUGGUAUUGGCACCAUUUGUGGGUCAUAGCAUAUACUCAUUCUUCAUGAGCAAAGAAGAAAGCCAGAGGGACUUUUCAUACAUAUUCAUAUUCCUCUAUAUAGUCAUGAGAAUGGUUCACCACCAAAUGUGGAUAUCCCUAUCUCGCUACAGGUCUGCUAAGGGUGAUAAUCGGAUUCUUGAUAGAAGCAUCGAAUUUGAUCAAGUUGACAGAGAAACAAACUGGGAUGAUCAAAUUAUACUUAAUGGAGUGGUGUUCUACAUUGGAUACCUGAAGUUCGCAGAGACUCAUCACUUGCCUCUUUGGAGGAUUGAUGGGAUCAUUAUAACUGCCUUGAUUCAUACCGGUCCUGUAGAGUUCCUCUAUUAUUGGCUACACAGAGCUCUGCAUCAUCAUUUUCUAUACUCUCGUUAUCAUUCCCAUCAUCACUCCUCCAUUGUCACCGAGCCUCACACUGCUGUUAUUCACCCAUUUGCUGAGAUUGUAACAUACUUAACGCUCUUUUUUAUUCCAUUAUCCACAACAAUAUUCACUGGGACUGCUUCUAUAGCUUCAAUUGUUGCUUAUGCCAUCUAUCUUGAUUUCAUGAACCUCAUGGGCCAUUGCAACUUUGAGCUAAUUCCAAAGUGGACGUUCUCUAUCUUUCCCCCUCUCAAGUACUUGAUAUAUACGCCUUCGUUCCACUCACUACAUCACACUCAAUUUAGAUCAAAUUAUUCACUUUUUAUGCCAAUGUAUGACUAUCUGUAUGGUACAGUGGAUAAGUCCUCAGAUACGUUGUAUGAAAAGUCACUUGAGAGGAAAGCUGAAUUGCCUGAUGUGGUGCACCUAACACAUCUAACAACCCCAGAAUCCAUUUACCAUCUUCGACUAGGAUUUGCAUCCUUGGCCUCAAAGCCUCACACUUCCAAGUGGUAUUUUUGGUUGAUGUCACCCGUCACCCUAUGGUCAUUUUUUAUUACUUGGAUUUAUGGUCACACAUUUGUUGUUGAGAGAAAUUUGUUCAGGAAUCUCAAAAUACAAACUUGGGCUAUCCCAAAAUAUAGUAUGCAAUACUUUAUGCAAUGGCAAAGAGAUACUAUUAACAAUUUGAUUGAGGAAGCAAUUAUGGAAGCGGAUCAGAAAGGCGUAAAAGUUUUGAGCCUUGGACUCCUAAAUCAGGAAAAGCAGGUGAAUAAGAAUGGUGAACUUUACAUAAGGAGGCAUCCUAAGUUGAAAGUGAAGGUGGUGGAUGGUAGUAGUUUAGCCGUCGCUGUAGUGUUAAACUCCAUUCCUAAAGGAACUUCCCAAGUGGUACUUAGAGGCCGUUUCUCCAAAGUUGCUUACUCUAUUGCCCUAGCCUUGUGCCAAGGAGGAACUCAGGUUAUGAUAGAUGGAGAAGAGUACAAGAGACUAAAAUCAUUACUUAAUCCUGAGGUUGCUACUAAUUUGGUCCCUUCAAAAUCUUAUGCAUCAAAGAUAUGGCUAGUAGGGGACGGAUUGAGUGAAGAUGAACAAUUGAAAGCACCAAAAGGAACAUUAUUCAUUCCUUUUUCACAAUUUCCACCAAGGAAAGUUCGCAAGGAUUGCUUCUAUUUCAACACACCAGCCAUGAAUAUCCCAAAACAUCUUGAAAAUGUAGACUCUUGUGAGAACUGGCUACCAAGAAGGGUGAUGAGUGCAUGGAGAAUAGCCGGGAUUUUGCAUGCAUUGGAAGGUUGGAAUGAGCAUGAAUGUGGUAACAAGAUGUUUGAUAUUGACAAAGUAUGGAAAGCAAGCCUUCGACAUGGUUUUAGCCCAUUGACCACGCCUUCUGCUAUUGAAGCAAAGGCUUAA